CUGGACACUUGACACAUUAUUCAGAUUUGACCAUGGCGAGCGCCGACAAGCAAGUGAUCUCGGGUUGGCUCCUGCGCCGCACGACCAUGGGCUUCUUCCAGGUCAAGGGCACGGGGGACUGGAGUCGCGUGUGGUGCGAGUUCGACGUCCUCGCCGGUCUCUUUGCCGUGUACCUCGACGGUGAGAAGCACCGGAGGCUGCUAAACUGGAAAAUCCAAGUGUGCACGAUCAACCACGUGCGGAACGACGGGCGAUUCUGCAUCGAGCUCGAGUACGGCCAGCAGCGGAAGAAGGAGACAUUUGCUUCCACGUCCAAGAGUUACGACAUCGAGUGGUGGUUUGACGUGUUGGCGUCGUCCAAGCUCGCGCUCGCCGAAGGCCGCGUGCCGAACCCGCCGUUGCUGGUGCGAACCCCCGGCGUGGUGACUCAUGUUCCCGUGGGGAAGAAGGACAAGGUCAAGGCGACGCCCAAGCCCCUCCGUCGGCGCCAACCCAAGCUCAGCGCGAGCAUCCAGCGCUUCGAGCGGUUCACGGUCUACGAGACCCGCACGCACUUUUACCUCGUCGGGUCGGACCGAUUGUACUCUCAGUUUCGCAUGUUUACACUAGAUCGCACCGUCAAGGACCCUGCCAACUUGGCGGCCAUCUUCACGGACGAGCCGGCGGUGCUCGGGUGGGAUGCCAUGGAGGCGACGUUGCAGGAGCUCGACUUUGACGCCCGCAAAAGCAGCGCGUCCGCCCCAUCCACCCCUGUGGGCCUCGUGCGCGCAUUUUCGGCCGUGGCGAUCGUCGGCUUUGUCAAGUUUCUUCAAGGGUACUACCUUGUCCUCGCCACCCAGCGCCGGAAAAUCGGGUGCAUCGGCGGCCACUACAUUUAUGCGAUCCAGUCGGUCCAGUACUUGGCCAUCCGGCAACCGGCCGCAACCGACGGCACUCCGUGGACGUGGGUCAAUCGCUGGUUCAACCCCGAUGCCGUCGAAGACGCCGAAGACCGCUACUCGGUGCUAUUCAAACUCGUGGAUCUGACCAAGGACUUUUACUACAGCCCUACGUACGACCUCACGCAUACCCUGCAGCACAACAUGACCACCAACCAGACCAAACCAUUCAACAUGUUUGAAUGGAAUCACUUUUUGACGGACGAGUUCCAUGCGUGUCUGAGCUCGCCGACCGCCCGGGACGACUGGGUGCAGCCCCUCGUCAUGGGCUUUUACGAGCAGCGCAAGUGCAGCUUGUUUGGCCGGUUGAUCAGCAUCAUCGUGUUGGCGCGGCGGUCGCGACAUUUCGCCGGCACGCGUUUCUUGAAGCGAGGGGUCUCUGACACGGGCAAAGUCGCCAAUGACGUGGAAACCGAGCAAAUUAUCGAAGACGAAAGCACCCAGGGCAAACUGAGCUCGUUUGUGCAAUACCGCGGGUCGAUUCCGAUCUUUUGGACCCAGGAAAGCAGCGUCACAGUUCCGAAACCCCCGAUUAAAUUGAACCGCAUCGAUCCGUCGUACACGGCGACGCAAAUGCACUUUGCCGACUUGUUCGAACGCUAUGGGUCGCCCGUUUUGGUGCUUAACUUGGUCAAACAGCAGGAAAAGACUGCUCGGGAAAAACUACUCGGCCAAGAGUUCAAGGACGCUAUCGAGUACCUCAACACUUUCCUCCCCCCCGAGCACCGCAUCCGCUACGUCGCCCUCGACUACUCGCGGCUGUCCAAGUUCAAAGUCGACCACUCCAAAGUCGAAGCUGUGCGCCAGGGGCUCGAAAAGGUCGGCGCGUGGGCGCUGGACCAAACCGGCUUCUUUUGCUCGGCCCCGAAGCGGCAGAUUGGCACGGGCACGAACAAGCGAACCGCGCGCCGGACGACGAUCCCUACAAUGUCCCCCAUGCCCAAGGCUCUGGGGGGAGGGGGCCCGACGCCUCCUCGGCCCACGACACCCCCCCUGCAGGGCCACCCAGCACCGCCAGACGCCCUUGCACUGAAACCGUUGAGUCCGACGAUUCCGCGGGAUUCAGGCGAUUGGUUGGAACAGCACGGCGUACUCCGCACGAAUUGCAUCGAUUGCCUCGAUCGAACCAACGUAGCUCAGUUCAGUGUGGCCAUGCUGGCACUGGGGCAGCAACUGUAUGCGAUGGGUAUCCGCAACACGCCCGUGUUGGAAAGUUCAUCGCAGAUUUUGCAAGAGCUGACGACUAUGUUUGGGCACAUGGGCGACGUCAUUUCAAUGCAAUAUGGGGGCAGCGAAGCCCACAAGAACGUGACCAAAUCCAAGGAAAACAUCAAAGCGUGGGAGCUCUUGACGUCCAUUCGGCGGUACUACAGCAACGCAUUCACGGACAACCUCAAGCAAGACGCGAUCAAUCUGUUCCUCGGCAUUUACGUGCCGUCGCCGUCGACGUCGCCGCUGUGGCUACUCGAGAGCGACUAUUACCUGCACAACGUUAAGAUCCAGCGCGGGUUGGCGCUGUCCGAGAUGGGACCGUUCCACCGCCGGACCAACCUCAAACAGCAGCGAUCGGCUGACGACAAGCGCCUGGCUUUGUAUCACCGCGACGCGCUGCAGCCCCAGUGGUGGAAGCCCAGCAUCGAAGCAUUCGACGCGCCCAAAUUUAUCGACCGGCAGGGAGGAGGGGGGGGAGCAGUCAAGCCCACCCCCCGGACCUCUAGUAGUUCUAGCAGCGUGGACCACCACCGCAAGGCCAGCACGGCCUCGAUAGGGUCCAUGGACGAUUCCAUCUUGCAGGCGACGGACAAGGACGAAUUGUUCUUUUUCGACAAAGCGCUCGGCCAUACGUUUAUGAUUCCCGUGUACAUUGUGGCCAAGGACGCGUCGAGCGAUGGCGGCCACGUCCAGCACCUGCACCACCACGCGAUGGCCCCGCCGGCGGCGGCGUCGCUCGUCCGAUCGCAGUCGUCGUUGAUGGCUCAAAAGGUGCGGGCAAUGAGUGCGCCGGACGAAGGUGGCGGUGGCGGCGCCGCGUCGUCGACGGACGUGACGAUGAAGCGGAGCUUGAGCAACGUCGGGCUCAAAGAUCUGGACGUUGGCAAAGUGGAAGGCUCCACCCACAACAACACCAACAGCAGCCACACUGGUGAACAACCAUCGUUGAACAUUGAAGAGUAUGCGGCCGCGCGGGGCAUCCGCAAGGAGUACAUUGGCACGUGCACCCACACCACGACCCCCGACGCCGCCUACGUGGGGUACGUCGAGUCCAAGGGCAAUCUGGCAUUUUGGGAAAAGGACAACAAGAGUGUGCGCAGCGACUUUGUCGUGUACCUUCGCGAGUUUUCCAUCGACGCGGACGAUGUGGACGGCAUCCACGACGCGGCGGUGCGCGGCGGCUGCACGUACAAGAUCCAGACGGGGGUGUACGCUGGCUUGGACCAGCACACCAAGGCCCGCGCGCUGCUGCCGACCAAGAAGUUCGUCCUCAAGACAUCCGACAUGCUCCUCGCGGACGACCGGAAGGAUGACGAGAGCAUGUGGAACCGACCCGUGGACCCCGCGACCGCCGACUUGUACGCGUCUUACUUUGACCAGACCGUCAACAUGUCGUGGCAUCCGGCCGAGCACGGCGUCGUGGGCGACGAAUCCAUCACGACCGAUACGAUGCAGUCGUCACAGCUGGACCAAACCACCACCGCCACAGGCCAAUACGACGACUACAUUUUGUUUAACGCGAGUGCCGCGGAUCACCAGUUUGGAGACGUCAUGAAGACAGUUAACGAGCUGUCGUUUGUCAAGAAAAACUAGCUUUAGUGUAGCUAGCUAGAUUUAAAGCUGAAAAAUAAAUAGCAGCUAUAUAUAUAUAUAUACAUGGAUUCGAGCCCAAGCAA